GGUGUGGUAUCAGUUCCAGUAGAGGUCUUCCGAUGAGCUGUACGUGAGUGAUAAAGUAAUAAGAAUUAGUUACAAGAGUUACAGAAGUUCCUUUUUUGUAAAGUUGCUAAAAUUGCAUUUCGAAGAGAAUCAAGGAAUCCAGAAGUUCUGAUAGUUAGAAGUGAAACAUUGAAAAUUUAACUUCUCUCAAUUACAUAAGCUUCACGCGCCUGUGUCACGUUCUCUCUACGAGCAAGGGAUUCCUUCUACGUCACGUAGUUGGACUUCCAUUCCGUGCAUACAAACAGUUAUAGAAAACAAAAGUGAUGCAACUAACAUAGUUAUGCUCGAGCAUGCGCACUAAACCAUAAACAUCAGGGAGCCUUGCAACAUAUCGGUGUGUUGGUCUAAUCUAUGUGUAUAAAGAUGUGUGUAUAAAGAACAGAAUACAGGUAGUGUUGAUACCGUCACAUUUCUAAACAAAGUGCAACAUAUGACUGUACCAUUUUACGACGAAGUUUGGUGGUUUCUGUCCAGCAGUGACGCAGAAUAAAUACGAGAAGGAUUUCGUGUGUGGAACUCUCCCGCAUCUUGAACGAUGCUCAAUGGACAGAAGUGGCAGAAGGUCAAAUGUUAUGUUUUGUAUAAUAACUCUCGAAGAAGCUGAUAGUAAAAAGUAAUACCUCAAGAUUAAUCUUUUUGUGCCUUGCUUGUUAUACUACGUCAGUGUACUUCUGAUGAGAAGUAUAGGGCAAAUCUGUUCAGUUCGGAGUGUAACAGCAAACGAUUUGGACGGUCGAGUAGUGGUCGCGGAUUGAUAAUCAAACGUUUAAAGGUGAAAUGGGAAUAUAAAAGUCGGAAGUUGUGGCUCACGCCAAAGUUUGAAAUAUCCACUUAUAAAUUGUGAGCUUCGAAAAUAGCGGUUCCGGCAUACAACAAUCGAAGCAAUAUGCCUGAAACAAUGCAAUAUGAAAUACUGGAAAUUAUUCCAAAAAAGGAAAUCUUCAAAGUGUAUCUUAGGUGUAUCGUUGCAAAUCUCAUCCUUCUCAUAAAAUGGCUGUUCGAAAGUGUGAAGUGCCGCGUGAACAAAACGACUAUUAUACGGAGAGCAGUUGAACAGGUCGAGUUCCCUAACAAACAGCCAAACUUUAUGACGGAAAUGAAUUUGGGACGACACUCAUACGUGAAGCUGGAGAACAUAAAACUACAUUAUGUGGAGGCAGGGAAUCGUAGUAACCAAAUAGUACUUCUUCUACAUGGAUUUCCCGAUUGUUGGUUAGGAUGGCGUUAUCAGAUCUCGGAAUUAUCGCAGUAUUUUCACGUUAUUGCACUAGACCUUAAGGGGUUUAACGAUUCCGACAAGCCGCUCUGGCGCUACGAGUACACUCCAAAAAGAGUAUGCGAAGAUCUUCGAAAAUUCCUGAUUGCUCUCAGUGCGAAGAGUGUAACAAUAAUUGGGCACGACCUGGGAGCCAUUAUUGGUUGGAUCUUUGCCCACACAAACCCACAUAUGGUCGAUAAAUUUGUAAGUGUGUCGACACCUCAUCCGAAUCUGUUAUGGGACAACUUACCGAAACAAUCUCCGUUCAACCGAAGAUGGCUAGAGUUUGUGCAACUGCCAUACCUACCGGAAGUGGAGAUGAGACACCAAGCGGAACGCACUUUGAAGAAAUGUUAUCCGAACGUUCUGAAGGAGAAAAUGUAUAUGACUGGAACCAACGGAUCUGUGAUAAACAAUCUUAUGGAGGCAUACAAAUACAUAUUCAGCCAAACUGAUGAUUGGAGAGGGCCGCUUAACUAUUAUCGCAAUUUUCUCUUCUUUCGCGUGAAAUCAGGCGAAACGCUGCAAUGUCCCUGUUUGAUCAUAACCGGAAGUGAUAAUAGGUUUUAUAAGCUUGAAUCGGUCGUUAAGAGUUCUGAUUUCUGUGAAAAUUUCAUCAUUAAAAUUAUCGAACAAUCCGGCCAUGCUCCACAUCAAGAGAUGUCUACCGAAUUCAACAGUACCCUGUUGAAAUUUUUGAUAGGUAAACGAAUGCUCGUACAACCGAGUGAAGGUACCACUCCAACUGCACCACGAGGGUUGGUGGGGAGAGUAUUCGGUGGUUUUGGGGCUAUUGCCAACAACACGGUCAACAUAGGCAACACCAUUAAAGAUGGCUACAAGUUGGCCAAUGCUCUCAAUAAUGUGCCUAACUUCAUGAUAAAGAGUUAACGUCGAAAUAGCAGUGCGUUUUAUAUGUCCUUUACCAGAGUGGAUAGUUUAUGGUGUAUAUUUGGUCGGCCAUUGAUAAUUGAUACAUUUUGCAUUCGAGAAGAGUUCGUAUGAGAGAGAUCCUUUUUUUUAUCUUGUGUGGUAUAUGAUUGCAUUUGCAAACGAUAAUAAAAGUAUGUACUGACAA